AUGACUUCCGUUCGCACGUGCUACUGCAAACACGAGGGGAAUGUAGCGCGCAAGAAGGAUAAUGAUAUCAGAAUACACAAUGGGAAUCGACAUCCUGCAACUGCUGCCGUAUCUAAAAAAUCGAUAGUCACGAAUGCGACUUGCGAAGGCGGCAGGGAAUCUUGGAAACGAGCGAGAUGCGUUACUAACGCCGGAACGCUCAAUACGAAUCGAUCGGUGGAGGCGCAGCCUUCCAAUCCCGUUCUAAGUCCCGAGACGUCGACCGCGCUCGAAAACGCCGAGAAGAUUAUUAACAAUGCAAAGAGACAACUCAUGGAAGUCUGCGUAACGUCGAGUUUCGAUUCCGCACGACGGAAUAGAAAUACAUAUUCGGACGAGCCGCCGUUGGACGACGAGAUGGAAGAGCGGCUGUACGUUCGCGAACUGGUGGCCUCCAGGUUUCACAACGUCUGCUCCUCGGGAUUAUCAGUGGCGAAUGGCAAGGCGACCGCACGUUCGGAGAAACGUGACUUUCCUCAUGUCACCGUACGCAAAGUCGAUUUGUCGGCGCCGAAAUUUCGGGUGUCGCGACGACAGCGUGCCAACUGGUGGUCGUCCCUCGGAUACGGAAGCUCGGAUCAGUCGCGUGAACGUGCGUCGCCUGCCCGAGUAUCGUCACCGGAUUCGAUCGACGUCGUUGACGAAGCGCCCGCGCGCGACGAUCGUGCUCGCGAACGUCGUCGGCGAACGUUGUCGGCGCGCGGGGACGCGUGCGAGAUCCAAGUAGGACCGUCGGUGCACAUCGUCGACCGGGAAUUGACCAGGCAGGACCUCGAGGAUGUGCACAUCUCGCCGGAGUCGUCCCGGGCGCAGAGCUGCGCGAACACGGCUACGUACACCCUGCGUCACGACGCGAUCCGGAACGCGGAUGGCGGGACGAACGAAGCUCAGGAAGUAUCAGGGGCGCCGAGGACUCGACGCGUGAGAUUGGAUACGUUACAACGAGAGAAACCGACCGGCAGAUCGAUUACCGAAGCUGCGGCCGAAGCGAUACGGAUGACUUCCGCGGGCAAAUUGGAAAAGGACCUCGAAGACGUCAAGAGCCCUGAUUCUGCACGGAACGACGGACGAAUCAGUUCCUCGAAAGUUCGAAAUUACAGACAAGAGCGGAAGGAUCGGGAAUCCGACCCGCAGGAUACCGGAAGAACAUCCGAAAGUUUGAAAAACGCGAGUCGAGGAGCGAUCAAGUUCGCCGUGAUUGAGACUCCGAGAACUGAUAGGGAUGAGAAAUUGGAGAACAACGCGAGAAACGAGAAUCACGGGGGAAUCGCCCCCGGCGGUGAUACGAAGAUCCGCCACGCGGAGGAUGACGAAAUAUUCUGCAAGAGGAUCAGCGGUGCCGGGCGUCCGCGAAACAACGAAAGCACUGCGGACAAGAUCCAGGCGACGGAAAACCGAGGCGAGCCAUCAAAAUCGUCGCCCGGCGGCGACACCUCAAGGAGGGCGGGUUGUAAUCCUCGGCGCGAAAAUACCGCUUCGCGCUGUCGCGAGGCGGAAAGUCCGAGACCUUAUCGCACGACCGAUAGACACUUUUCGCACACGUUCAACAGUCAUAACGGGCAGGAUGGACUGCGCGACGUCGCCGGCGUGUCUCUCGCCUCGGGCUGCACGGACGACGUUUUCCGGGAGACGACUUUCGCGGAGGACGAUUCGGACGAGAUCGACCUGUACCGGCCGCGUCUCGACGACUUGGACUCGAUUCUGCACUCCAACGACAGGAAAAUCGAGCGUGUCGCUCGCACGGCCAGGAAUCUUUCGGAAUUACUGUCGGGUCCUGAAUUCACGAUAUACAAGCUGGAUGAAGACGUACGAGCGCCGCAGGAUCGCGAGAAACUUGGACGGGACUCAGCCGACAAGAAUCGCGAGCACCCGUUCGCGUCGAGCGAUUUGGCUCAAUCGUCAGUUUUGGAGAUUGAAUUGAGAAACGAGGACCUGACGAUCUCGGAGGCACGUCGAACCGACGAAGAUUCGCGGGGAACGAACGCGGCGGCGGGGACGAGCGCGAAAUCGUCGACUUUCACGCGGGAGAACGAUUCUCGCGGCGAUUACAACUCGGUCGAAUCCAGCGUGUUUCCGGCGUCGGACGCGAGCGACGGCCCUACCAGGGCAUCUCGCGACAGCGACAAAGCGCAACAACAGUCAGCGGCUAAGGCGCGCUCGUCGGACUCGUCGUUGGACCGAUUGGACGUCACGACGUUUUCCAACCUGGCGCCCGCGUUAUCCAGCACGCGCACGGAGACGCAGGCGUGUCGUUAUCGGGACGAGAAAGUCGCUCAGGGUGAUCGUCACCCCGCUAAGUCACGCGUCACAUCAGCGAGCAAGUUCCCGAAGCGCGAGAUCCGUCGUUCCGGCACGGAAUACGCCGACGACGGAAUCUUCGCGCGGCUUUUCCGGAAGGACGCGGACCCGUUCGUCGCCUGCCUCCUGCAGGACGAGAAGCGGAGCGUCGAAGGGAAGGUCGCCCUGACGGAGUCGACGGUCGCGCCCGCGGCGAUACAGAAGCUCUUAAAUCACUUGCGCGAGGCCGAGUCGAUCCGCGACGCGCGUCAAACGGAGGACACCUUGGAUAUUCUGAGAAAUAUUCUGAUUAACGUUAAAAGUCAGUCCGUUCAAGGAAACGCUCACGACAAGGACGCGUCUCCUCGAGACAUUCCCGAUCCCUCGGCUCGUACGAACGCGCCGCCGAGCGCGAUCGACGGGUUUACGUCGCGAGGGGAAAACGCGCCCGCGCAAACGCCAGCGAAAAUCGACGCGAGCGAGAUCGAGCGGGUUGCCAAAAGUUCCUGCGAGCUUAAAGGUCUCGGCGAGCGCUCCACCGACUUUUCCGAAUGUCGCGAAGCGAGAGAGAGCGCUCGCUCUACGGCCCGUUGCGAGUCUACGCGACAUCCUGAGAAUAAUAGCAGGAGAGACACAGGUCGGACGGAAGGCGCGGACGUUGCGAGGACUGUUCCGAUCGAAAAUGUCAAAAGUCAAGCGGAUAGAGACGCCAGCGAGAUUAAUCCGAAGAAGGAGGGGACGCUUCCUCGGAACGUCACUGGUUCCCUGAUUCGCACGAACGCGACGUCGUCGGACGCGAUCGGGGAGACAACUUUGCGAGCAAAAAAUAAUACGAGCGAUACCGGGCGGGUCGCCGGCGAAUCUAACGAUUUCGAGAAUCCCGAUAAAUAUUUCUCUCCCGCGAUUCCGGAAGCGGGAGAAAGCGUCCGUUCCGCGGCUCGCUUCGAGGCUGCACGAGGCUCUGAGAAUAACAGCAAGGGGAACUCGUGCUCGGAGGCCGAGUCGUUAAAGCAUAUCUCCGAUAUUCGUAGCGACGAGGACGAAAAUCCUGGGGAGAAUCCCGAGCAUUUGUCUGCGAAGGUUGCAUCUGCAGGGUCGAGGGAGGGACGCGAAAUGGAAGCCGCCGAUUCGGUUGUCGCAAUCGCUGUAGCCGAUAACCAAAUGGAUGACGUAAAUACGGACAGAUUUGGAGAAAGUAAAUCGAACGAUGUGCAAGCUAAUAAAGAUCAACAUGCUAACAAGAUCGUCGCGGCCGAUCGGGCGAUCGACGCGCGAUCAGAUAUCCCGGAAGAAGCCGCAAAGGGAAUUGCAAGCGAGAAAACGCGUGACGGUACCACGCCGGCGGACAAAAGGGUAUUAUUCGCACUUUCGGAAGUUUCGGAGAUGAAGAGCGAGCUCGCUCGCCCGGACGCGAGCCCUGUCGGAUCGAAGGCCAUCGACGGAAGUCCAACGAAGACAGACGUUGAUCUCGUACAUCCGGCGGCGAAGGAAGACACCGUAUCUUUACGCCGAGCGAAAACUGACCCGCAACAGGCUGCAAUUAAGGAGAUCAGUCCCGCGGAUAAUGGUCCCUCGGUCGAGCCUCCGCGAGACUGCGUUCUGCCGAGCGCGAAAAGCGGCGAGUCAUCCUUGCGGGAAAUCGCGUCGCGUAGCAAGCAAAUCUCCUUCGACAUCGCGGGAAAGGACGACUCGACGAGGAGCACGGGGAACGAGGGAAUUCGCAAGUCGCUCGCGGCGCGGACAGUCGAAAACCGCAAUGACGGAAAUGGAAUCUCGGAAUCUGAGAGAGCUGAGACGAGAGGCGAUAACGAGCGGCAGCCGAUCGAUUUGACAGAGGCGCGGAGGUAUAAGAUAGAUGUCUUGUCCAGCUCCAAUUCUAGCGUCAGCAGCAUGCUGCUGGACCACGACAGGUCGAUCAACGGCGUGUCGAGUGCAAACGCGAGGAGAAUCGGGACGACCACCCCCGAGACGUCACACUCCGAGGGUGAGCUCUACAUGCCGAGCUCGUGCUCGUACUCCCUCGGCGAGGUACGCGUCCUGAGAGGGAAACGCGACUUGAUCGAGGACAACGCGAUGGAUCGCGACAGCAGCGUGACAGUGCUCGUCACCAGGAGCAUGCUGACGUCCCUGAACGACUCCACGGUGUCUCUCCUGGAGAGCUCCGGACGCGUCUAGAAGCGAGCCGCGGAUUCUGCGACGGGCGAAGAACGUACGUGACACGUGCGACACUUCGACUUAUCACGGGUGGCGCCGAUCUUCUUCCUCCUCCUCUCCCAACGAUUUUUACUUAUAUCGCGAUAACGAGUCGCGUUAUCAAUCCGUAUAGGACAUUUCAGCGAAUGCAGCGUUCCUUAUACCGAUACGGCUGGAAAAUUCUAUAUGUUGCACGACUUGCACGUAUGGCUGGAAAAUUCUGUAUGCUGCACGGAUCGCAAUAUAUGUUUCUGUAAUAUUAAUUGUUGGAACAUUUUGAUCGAGUUGCCUAUAUAUAGGCUGCAAGGAUGCUACAUAUAACGUUCUGUGUGGUAUCGAAAACAUUCUUUUACCGAUUUCGCAUAGUUUUUACCAUGCAAAAGGAUCUGAAGUCACGUAUAUAUAGAAGUGUAUUCUCUUAUAAAAUUAAUUAUAAUUAAUAACUUAAUUAUAAAAUAUAAAAGAAGACUAUAGCAGCGUAUAUAUAUAUUUCAAUCAAAUCGCAAUUUAAUUAAGGAUUAAUCGGAACAGUGUAACAACGCAGUCAUAUAUCCAAUAAAUAUUAUAUAUAAAAGUUAUUUUGCAGAUAA